AUGCCGAUCGAGGCUCUCCCGCAGGCCACUGUCCGAGCAAUUGGCUCCACUUCCGUCAUCUCAGAUCCCUGCUCAGUCGUCAAGGAGCUUCUGGACAACGCUCUGGAUGCGUCUGCAUCCUCGAUUUCAGUUGAAAUAUCGCAGAAUACCAUCGAUGUGAUUCAGGUCAAAGACAAUGGACAUGGCAUUGCUGUUGAGGAUCACCCUUGCGUUUGUAAGCACACUUUUACCAGCAAGAUUUCGACCAUUAACGAUCUGAGAAAUGUCGGCGGAACUUCUUUGGGAUUUCGUGGUGAAGCGCUGGCCAGUGUUGUUGAGAUGUCGGGCGGCGUCAAUGUCAUCACACGCGUCGCCUCGGAUAUCGUCGCGUCAAGUCUUGAGUAUGGGAGAGACGGAGAACUUUCCCGGUCUCAAAAGACUUCUCAUCCAAUUGGGACUAUGGUUCGCAUUCAAAACUUUCUGAAGUACAUCCCUGUGCGAAGGCAAGCUGCACUCAAGGGAGCUACGAAAUGCCUCACGAAAAUCAAAAGCCUCAUCCAAACUUACGCUCUGGCCCAGCCCACCAAGAGAUUCUCAUUCAAAGUCCUCAAAGCCAAGAACGAAAACAACAAUUGGUCAUUUGCACCAGGUGCCGAUUCAGCACUUGUUGAUGCAGCUGUCAAGGUUGUUGGGCGUGAUGUUGCUUCCUGCUGUACGACUAAACAAUCCACGCCCAGAGUCAACUCGAUUACUGAUGGCAGUCUUGACCAAACAAAUUAUCAAGUUACGGCUUUUCUCCCAAGAGUCGAUGCAGAUUUCACAAAGGUCAACAAAAAGGGCCAAUUUCUCAGUAUCGACGGCAGACCCCUUUCCACAUCUAGGGGUGUUGGUCACGACAUGGCGAAGUUGUUCAAAUCUUACAUUCGUGCCGCUGCCUCGAAAAUUGAAGCACCCAAAUCAGUCAGCGAUCCAUUUCUUUGUCUCCAGCUUAAGUGUCCCCUGGGAAGUUACGACGUUAAUAUUGAGCCGGGCAAAGAUGAUGUACUCUUUGAGGAACGAGAACUGGUGUUUGACCUCAUUGAGAGCCUCUUGGCUGACCAUUACGGGGCUCUGCCAGACGCGGCGAGAAAGAGUCCGGCCAAAAAGACAUCAUCAUCUACGAACGCCCACGAAAACAAUGCCGGAUUCGACCUGCUUAUGGCUAAAAGACCGAAUCAAAGCUCUGGAGUGUCACCCGAGGAAAAUCCUCACACUGUAGACAUCCCCAUCCUCACCAAUCUUGACUCGCGGAGAUCGUCAGGCCCGCCUAGUGUGCCAUCUCCAGAACAAACGCCCAGUAAAGGAGGUCCAAGUAGGGGGCUUAACAACAACCCAGUUGUUGAGGGUGAUUGUCCUCGUCAAAUCAAUCCAUGGUCCAUCUCACGGAUCAACGCUUCAUUCCAGGCUCCAAGUCGUGGAGUUGCCCCGUUCCCGGCGCUCCAGGCCAGCCCAGCAGCCACCCCACAAGAAUCCAGACAAAGAAAUGCACCGCGGAGACCAAUAUCAAUUUCGCCACUUCAAAUUUCAGAAACCUCUAGUCCGGUUCUUUCUAGACUGACCCCUGUUUCUCCACUGAGUCGCCGUCCACACCAUCAAACGCCUCACGAAUCCCCGCUCCAAUCGACUUCGUCGAUUAGUGCCUCCAGAAGAGCAGCGCGAGAACGAGACAAGGAGCGUUAUGGGAACGGUGCCCUUGAUACUUGGUUCCAACGAACUACUCAGCAAUCAAUUGCUCCGAGCUCCCCAGAGGUUCUGGCCGAGCCUGGGACCGUUCCAUCACUCUCCGAGCUUGCGGAACAGCGAUUCAAUCCACCACAAGAUGUCCCCACAAUUACUUUAUCCCGGGACAACAACAGCCGAUUACUCUCACCUCUUCCACUCAGGGGGCAACCCCCCGACCCCUCUCCCCAACCGAUGGAUGGAGUCAUCUCGCCUGACAAUGAGCACCAGGGAAGAUCUAUGGACAGUGGUCGCGGGUUCCCAGUUCUCGAGAAUUGGGCCGCCAGUAUCCACGAAGGUUUCACCCCCGAGAGCUCCUUCGAAUUGGAGAAGGCGCUAGAUUUUGAACGACGAAAGCGAGAGGCCAACCAAAGACAUCGGACUCGAUCGGGGCAGUCGAGUGUCAGGGCAACAGCACCGACAUCGAAUUCUCCCCACCGAAAUCGGUAUCUUGCCGCCAAAGCUGCAUUGGCUGCCGACAGCAUCGGCAUUGACCCACCUUCUGCGACAACCCUAGCCAAUGGCGAUCCACGAGCGUAUCUCAUAUCUCUUCAGACCAACUCGCUGUCAAAGGAUGUCUCUGAGGAUCCAGGGAUUUCUCGGCGAACGCGAACCAGCAGGCUGCCUCUUGAACAAAUCCCAGAGGGCCUUGACCUUCACAAUAUUUGCCUGCCCGUGAAGGCCGGUUCUUCUGAGGUUCAAAAGCUAUUCAAUAUUAUAGCUCAUUGCGAUAGCUAUACUCGACGUGGCGAUAAGCCUGAGCCGUCGCUGUUGACUGAUGUGACUGCCUUUGUCCCGUCAUGGAAUGAGAGACUAAGCAUGAUCGUCAGCAGACGUUACAAGAUGCAGGACACUUCACAGCCGCUAGAUUUACGCAUCGAUAUCAGUACUGCCAUUGCAGAUUUCGAGAAGCAGUUCCGAGCAACUGAGAGCCAGUUCGCUUAA